AUGUCAUUAUUGAAACCUGCCUCGCAUCUUUUGUUUUAUUCUUUUGUCUUUGGUGGUACAACGUUCUACUCGUAUGUGGCUUCGCCGCUAGCAUUCAAAGUCUUGGACAAGGAUCAUUUCUCGGCGUUGCAAAAUAAGGUGUUUCCGUACUUCUUUCAGAUGCAAUCCUUCUCGCCAGCGGUCUUGGCGUUGACGGCACCCUUUGUCCUCACCAGCGGACCGAUGGCUGCCCUCGCUACCGCCUCGGUCGGGGGGCUGGCCAAUCUGUGCUGGUUGCUUCCCUUGACGCGCAGAAUCAAGGAGGAAAGAAGAGCAGUAGCAGACAGACUCAAGGGUGACGAGUUGGAAGCGGCUGAUGAGCCCCUGCGCAAGCAGUUUGGCAAGUAUCACGGUAUGAGUCUGCUGUGUAAUCUGACCAACGUCUGCGGCAUGCUAGUCUACGGCGUUUACCUGUGUAGAGGCCUUAUCAGACACGUCCCAAAGUAG